AUGUCGAGCCGAGGCUCCGCUAAAUAUCGGUUCAACUAUGGACGUGGCGGCACGUCUCGGAAUUCUAUUACAAACACCAAGAGAGAUCGUUCGCCUUCGCCUGAUGUUGAUGAGUUGCCACUAGGUGACCUUGUUGUCGAGCUCCACCCUGCCGACAUUUCGCCGUCGGAUGGCCUCACACAUAUCUCAAAUUACAAAUGCAUAGCAUCUUACAACUGGCUCGACAGCAGCGAGCCUGUUAUUCUUGUCCCAGGUUCUCCUGCGAUUUGGUCCCCUCCAGCUCAUCGUCGAAAGCUUGAACCAGACAAAGGCGAAGUGUUCAUUGACCAAAAUGCUGCGCGUUACGGGUCGUUCCCGUUGGAGCCAAUGUUUCGUGCUAUAUACGAGGUGCAUCCCGAGCUCGACUUGGAGGACGUUGAUGUUGUCAUUUGCAGGAAUACUAUGGGCAAACUCUUUGAAUUUGUCACGACAAACUCAAGGCGCUUUGAGAUUGACGUCGAGAUCAUCGGGGACAAGGCCGUGUUCAUCAGGAAAGAAAGGAAGGCCACGGAGUUCAUCGAUGAAUUUCGAGGAUUCGGGCACACCUUCCCAGAAGAAUAUACAAGGUGGGAUAGUGCGGUCAAAGGAUCGAGUUCUCAUCACCGAAUAGCCGAGUAUGAGUUCGCUGGUUUGAAGUAUCUUCUUCGGUUCGAGAGUGACGGCUGUCUCGCGGAGACUGUCGGCGGACUCGACAAAGCUUCUUCAUGGCGACAAGGAAAUAUGGCCGGUCUCGCCAAUACCACGACUUUGCUGAGCUCCGGUAACUUGACCACAAUUGGCGAAAAGCGGCCCAUGGCGGGCCAUGGGCUCACUGUUCGUAAAGGAGGCAGUGAAAGUGAUCAAGAAGCCAUAAUCGAAAUCAAAACUCGGGCUGCUCACAAAGUUCUGGACAUGGAAAGCGUGCUACCUCGGCUGUGGAUGUCCCAGACACCAAACUUGAUUGCUGCUUAUCAUAAAGGUGGCCGAUUCGAUGAUGUGCAGAUUCUUGAUGUGCGCAAAAACCUGGGGAAGUGGGAGGAGCGGAAUUCCGUGAACCUGCGAAAGCUGGAUGCCCUCACACGACGGAUCAUCGACACCGCUCAGCAUUCAACCACGAGGAAAUGCCGGGUCAAGCGAACAGCUAGCGGAGUGUUGGAGAUACGGGAGCUCAAGUCCAGUCACCAAAGCGCUCUACCUGACGACCUACGCCACAAGUUGAAGAAGAAAGAUCUUGAGGGGGAGAACGAUCUUUGA